UGGCCAGAAUAAGUUGGAUCACGUCUGUCUUCACUGAAAUCCAAAAUCAUAUCAAAACUAUGGCGGUGUUGAGAAUAAGAACAAUGAGAUACUUUGGGGUUUGGACCUUCCUCGUAAUAGUGGCUGUGGUCUGUGCGCAAAGGGUCAAUGACCCUAGCAAUAUGUCAAUCGUAAAAGAAACUGUGGAUAGACUGUUGAAAGGAUAUGACAUUCGCUUGAGGCCAGAUUUCGGAGGUCCCCCUGUUGGAGUGGGGAUGAAUAUAGACAUAGCCAGCAUAGACAUGGUAUCUGAAGUCAAUAUGGACUAUACAUUGACUAUGUAUUUCCAGCAAGCUUGGCGAGACAAGCGGUUAUCCUACUCGGAGAUUCCCCUCAAUCUCACCCUGGAUAACCGGGUAGCGGAUCAGCUGUGGGUCCCAGACACCUACUUCCUAAAUGACAAGAAGUCUUUUGUCCAUGGUGUCACAGUGAAAAACAGAAUGAUUCGACUCCAUCCAGAUGGAACCGUGCUCUAUAGCCUGAGGAUCACCACGACAGCAGCUUGUAUGAUGGACCUGAGACGAUAUCCACUGGACGAACAAAACUGCACACUGGAGAUAGAGAGCUAUGGGUACACCACUGAUGACAUAGAGUUCUACUGGCGAGGAGGUCAUAACGCUGUGACGGGGGUGGAGAGAAUAGAACUUCCUCAGUUCUCCAUCGUGGACCACAAACUCAUCUCUAAGAAUGUCGUCUUCUCUACAGGAUCCUACCCCCGACUCUCCCUCAGCUUCAAGCUGAAGAGGAACAUUGGCUACUUCAUCCUGCAGACCUACAUGCCCUCUAUCCUGAUCACCAUCCUUUCCUGGGUCUCCUUCUGGAUCAACUAUGACGCUUCCGCUGCCAGAGUGGCUUUGGGAAUCACCACUGUGCUGACCAUGACCACCAUCAACACUCACCUGCGGGAGACCCUUCCCAAGAUCCCCUACGUCAAGGCCAUUGACAUGUAUCUUAUGGGUUGCUUCGUAUUCGUCUUCCUGGCCCUGCUGGAGUACGCCUUGGUCAACUACAUCUUCUUCGGCAGAGGACCCCAGCGCCAGAAGAGAGCGGCUGAGAAAGAAGCUGUCGCCAACAAUGAGAAAAUGAGAAUGGAUCCAAACAAGUGGUUGGUGGGAAAUGUAGUUCAGAGAGACGAUACUCUGUAUGCCAGAAUGAAACAGAGGGAUAUUGACGCUCAUGACUCGAUGUGGGAACCAAUCUUUGUGGACGAUGCAGCGAUAGGACUAGGCGAGGAAAAGAAUAAGAUGGACCCGCAUGAAAAUAUUCUACUGGGCACCAUAGAAAUUAAGAAUGAGAUGGGAGCAUCGGAGCUGACCCUUGGUCUCAGUGACCCCAGGAGCACCAUGUUGACUUAUGACAGCUCCACCCUGCAGUACCGCAAAGCAGGGCUGCAGGCCAGGCACAACUUUGGACGCAACACCCUGGAGCGCCACAUGCCUCAGAAGAAGAACCGGCUACGGAGGCAUGCUUCACAGCUGAAGAUCAACAUUCCCGAUUUGACUGAUGUAAACUCUAUCGACAAGUGGUCGAGAAUGAUCUUCCCCACUGUCUUUUCUUUGUUCAACAUAAUUUAUUGGCUCUACUACGUCAACUAAAUGGACUUCAGCAAGGGCAGAACUAAACAAACAACAAAGCUCGUUUUUCUCUGAAUAGUUAUCAUUUUGCUGUUUGUUCUUGCAACACAAGACUGAAUUACUAAAACAAAAUCAGGACUGACUCCAUUUUACCUUGGAACACCUUAAUUGCUGGCUAACACAUGAAAACCUUAGAGGAGAGAGAGAGAUUCAGAACAUAUACUCUAUGGUGCCUGUACCAGAGUUUUUGUUUAUAAUUUUACAAGUAGAAUAUUUAGUGAAUUUAGUAUUUUAUAAUUUUUAAAUGUUUGUUUGCAUAUAUUUGUAUGUUUUUAAAUUUUAAAAUCUUUAUAUAUAUAUAUCUAUCUAUCUAAUUUGUUGCCAAAACAUAGUUAGAAAUAUUAAUGAUAUAUUGAUUUUUAAAUAUCUCAGACCACAAAGACACUCCUUAAAACAGUUACAAGCAUGUUCAGGUCAAUMUUUUCUAAGAUUCAUUACUUCAAAGAUGUAAUGUUAUUUAUCCUAGAAUUGAUUUUGUCUUUAUAUUGUGAAGUUUCACUUUUUCAUAGUAUUAAUAUAUUAAGUAAUAGUAAAAGGGUUUUACGAUUAACCAACCUUUUCUACCUUGAUAUAGUUGAUAAAUCAUAUGAUUUAUUUUGAAGCAUUAUUUCAGUUCUAUGAAAGUGUUUGAUAGUGUAGUAGAUACUAUUUUAGACAACAGAAACAAGCAUCAUUCCAAACCUUGACAGAAGAAACUAGAAAGUAAAGCUUAUCGGCCGUUGACAUUGAAUGCUGUAGCACAGCUAACAGAUAAAUGCAUCACAAAGCCUUUGAUUCAUGAUUUGACAUUGUUUUCUUAAAGUAUUCACUCAGAAAAGGUACAGAAUAUUAACUUGAACUGAGAAGUUGAAUAUAUUGCAAAAAAUGAGAAGAGACUGAGAAAGAAAUGGAGAGAGAGAAUGUUGCAUUAGUCAUCAAAGCAGUUUAAGAGUCAGUGAUAAAGUGAUAGAUCAUGUAGAAGAUCAAAUAUAUCUUGAAGAAAAAUACACAAACUUGUAUCUGAAAAAUUGUCCUUGUCCAUUUCGGUCCUUUGUUCACAUAUCCGGAAGAUUACAGGAUAAUAUGAUGUAUUUGCUCAUAAUUGCUCUUCACAUGGAUAUACCGAAACGAACAUUGGCUCUAGUUUGUUAAGAAACAUCAGAUAGCAUCUUGUAAUUCCUAUUCCUAAUGACAUUGAGCCAGCAGUUAAGGAUUCUAUGAUAGGCAUUUCAUGAUGCAUCAAAAGCCAAUCUUUCCUAUCACUAUGAUGUGUAAAUAUCUCUUGUAUAUGACUAUUUAAAAAGUCAUGAUAUCUAUCACAGUUCCAGUGAGGAUCCAUCCAGAAUUAGGCCAUGAUAUAAUUAUCUUCAGGAAGCUGGAAGGGUUUGAAAACAAAGGUUUUGAGCAGCUCCACACACUUUGGAUAUUAUACAAUGUCAUUACUGCCAUUUCUUUAUCAAAUAUCCAGGUUUUGAUAAUAACUAUACAAAACAAAGAGUAUGAUASAGAGAAAAGGCUGCUCUGCGAGCUGGCAAGAGAAACCACAAUGCACGAAAGCACAAUGCUGCUCCAAAUCUCAAUUGAAAAUGGACUGUCGUCUUACGUCUUAAAAUAAUAUGUUUCUUUCUGGUAAUCCAUUCAUUACUCUACUUUCCUUCCAAAUGAUUACUAUAAGUAUACUGUAAUAAUACUCCUUUCCUGUCAUUGCACUUCCAUUAAUCUACUUCUCUCCAAAUGAUUACUAUUAGUAUACUGUAAUAAUACACCUUUCCUGCCAAAUGAUUACUACAAGUAUACUGUAAUAAUACUCCUUUCCUGUCAAUGCAUUCCAUUACUCUACUCUCCCAUCAAAUGAUUACUAUAAGUAUACUGUAAUAAUACACCUUUCCUGCCAAAUGAUUACUAUACGAUAUACUGUAGUAAUUACUCCUUUCCUGCCAAAUGAUUACUCCAAGUAUACUGUAAUACUACUAUGUCCUGUCAAUGCAUUCCAUUACUCUACUUUCCUACCAAAUGAUUACUACAAGUAUACUGUAAUAAUACUCCUUUCCUGACAAAUGAUUACUAUAAGUAUACUGUAAUAAUACUCCUUUCCUGCCAAAUGAUUACUCCAAGUAUACUGUAAUAAUACUAAUUUCCUGAUAAUGCAUUUUACUCUAAUUUCCUGCCAAAUGAUUACUACAAGUAUACUGUAAUAAUACUCCUUUCCUGCCAAAUGAUUACUCCAAGUAUACUGUAAUAAUACUAAUUUCCUGAUAAUGCAUUUUUACUCUAAUUUCCUGCCAAAUGAUUACUUAAGUAUACUGUUAAUAAUACUCCGUUCCUGUCUGGUUGUUUACCUUAUUAUUAAUACUCCAUGAAGGAUCACCCUAUGGCAACACUGCCAGAUGUAGAGUCAGCAUUCAAUGUAAAUUAAGAAACGUCAUAAACAUUUUGGAAACCGAAACACACAGUAGUACAUCGUACAACUGUUGCAUGUACCAUGUUUGACCACUGACUUUGUAAAACAACAUUUUGCACACAAACAGAUCCAAAAGCCAUAGUGUCUGUAUAGUAGGUGGUGCAACACUUCUUGGUGCUCUUGAGACUGCUCCCUCCAAACAGAGAUAUAGUUACAAGAGAGAGACUAGAACAUUACAAUUUGUCUCGUAUGUUUCUUGAAAAUGUAUGGAAACACACAGGGAUAACUGCACAAAUAUUAUAAAUGAUUUAUUAGUGAUUUCUGAUCAUUUUAGUGUUUGGUGACUCCCUUAGAUGAUCGGUAACAAUUAAAUAUAGAAAACAAGCCCAUGAACAUAUGAAUUUUCAUUACAUGUAGAUGUUGUGACAUCACCUCAAGUGCAAUUGCAUGUUUUCAACAUAAGUGGUAUUCACCCCMAAAAAAAUCGUAUUGCAUUUUUUCUUCUAGCUUCUUUACAUCGGCAUGCUCUUUUCUCAAUAAUAUCAAUGGAAAAAAGGCCACUUCCUUCUCUUUUUUGAUUAAGUCUUCUAACGCUUACUUUUACACAAUCCAAACAAAGGUAGCCAUCGCACUCUUGUUGUGAYGUGAUGAACAUCAUUUACAUCAUCAACAAGUAAUGGUUGAAAGUAAAGGGUUCGUUUUGGAUUUUUUUGUGUGUUUGUGUUUUUGCAGUGUUAACAUUCUAUUAUGGUUUGAAGUGGUGAUAGAAAUACAGCGUACUUAUUGUUAAGAUAAUGAUUAUAAAGAUGAGUGAUACAGGAUAAACAUGAGACUACGGCUGGAAUUCAGUCAAACCCACACAGCAGAAARACAUUAUACAUUUUUUUAACAUACAUUUUCUGGCAGAAAAAGUAAGGAAAAGGUGCAUUUUUACAAGACAUGACCUAAGUGAUUUUACCACUCAUGUGGUUUUCUGCGGUAAAGGUUUGAUUGAAUAAACCCUUAAUAACCAUGCAUACUAAAUAUGCCUAUUUAACCAAAUCUAUAUCUAUAUAAUGAUUUGGUUAUUUGGGCUAUUUUUACUUUUCACUCAUGUUUAAUUUAUCAUUACAAUAUUGUGUUUGUGUAAUUUAUUUAUAUAUACUCAUAUGGCCCUAUAUUACAUUUUGUUUAAUGUUCACUCACUCUAUUUUAAGAUGUUACCAGAUUAUCUACAUGUACAUUUGUAGAAGCUUGAAUAUGAUUAAUACAUACAUUGAUCUACAGAAAUGUCUUGAUAUUGGUGUUGUACAAUUUUUCACAGGGUUGGGGUAGGGCUUUAAAUACUGUGUUCAAAAACCUGUUUMUUGGUGUACAUAUAAUAUAUUGUUAGUAAACAUCAAUUGGAGCCUGAAAUUCCUGUAAAUAGAAGACUAAAAUCAAUUUUUAACUUACUGAUUUGUACUUUACUGUAAGACGAAUGCAAAGUCAUUUCAUGGUUUCAGCUGAUAUGACAACGAUAAUGUAAAUAUUUUGAAGAGUACCACUCGGUCACUUAGUAAAACAAACAUUUGUUUUCAUUGUGUUUUAAUGACUCAAAUCAGAAUGUCUUUAGGUUUUGCCAAAUUGUAAAGUAUUAUUAAAGGCAAGAAUGUAGUUGAUGUAAUUUUGCAGCACAUGCCUGAGGUAGCUGAGACAUGUAAGCAGGAGUAUAAGCAUUUAUAGUUCCACUGAUUGGAAAGAUGCACAUACAUGUGCACACACACACACACACACAUAAACCUACACACGCACGCACGCACGCACGCACGCACGCACGC